AAUCUAGCCUGGUGCAUUACCUGCGUAGCGAUAUUUUAAAGCGCGGUUAAAGAGUAACCCAACCCAAGAUUCAAUGGCCGCACUUGUCUUGCGUGGGUGUUGCUAACCGCCACAACUAUUUUGCCGUUUGCUCUGCCUCGGUACCUGAGUGUUUCUAUCCCCUGCUCCGCAUGGAGCUUUCAUCUUCCUCCACUUCAAUUCGGGUUCCUGCUAUAGUUCCCAGGCGGAAUUCUUCUUAUCGCAUGAAAACACCGUGUCAGGCAAGACCUAUAUCCUCCAAUUUGUUCUUAGGAUUUUCCAGGAUCUCGCACUCGGUUGGCCUAUUCGAUUGCACAAGCUGUUCUAAGCCUGUUUCGAAGAGACAACAGAGAGCCAAUUCCAUCAGGGCCUGCAGUCAAGCUGGAGCUGUUGGACCUGACCAUCCAAUUGCUGACAGAGUUUCAGCUUUCAAAGAUGCAUGUUGGAGAUUUUUACGACCCCAUACUAUACGGGGUACAGCAUUAGGUUCUGUUGCUUUGGUAGCAAGAGCAUUGAUCGAGAAUUCAAAUUUGAUAAAGUGGUCACUUCUGCUCAAGGCAUUGUCGGGUCUUUUUGCCUUAAUAUGUGGGAAUGGUUAUAUAGUUGGCAUCAAUCAAAUUUAUGACAUUAGUAUUGACAAGGUAAACAAACCCUAUUUACCUAUAGCCGCGGGAGAUCUUUCAGUUCAAUCUGCAUGGUUGUUGGUGAUAUUUUUUGCUGCAGCGGGGUUGUUGAUAGUUGGAUUGAACUUUGGGCCUUUUAUUUUUUCUCUUUACACUCUUGGCCUUCUUCUUGGCACCAUAUAUUCUGUUCCUCCUUUUAGAAUGAAAAGGUUUCCUGUGGCAGCAUUUCUUAUUAUUGCCACGGUACGGGGUUUCCUUCUUAACUUUGGUGUGUAUUAUGCUACUAGAGCUGCUCUUGGACUUACCUUUCAAUGGAGCUCUCCUGUGGUUUUCAUCACAACCUUUGUAACAUUGUUUGCACUGGUAAUUGCUAUAACAAAAGAUCUUCCAGAUGUUGAAGGGGAUCGCAAGUAUCAGAUCUCAACCUUUGCUACCAAACUAGGAGUUCAAAAUAUUGCUUUCCUUGGUUCUGGAAUUUUGCUGAUGAACUAUGUCGUUUCAAUACUGGCAGCAAUUUAUUUUCCACAGGCUUUCAGGCGCUGGUUGCUGAUACCGUCUCAUAUAUUUUUUGCAUCAAGCUUGAUUUCUCAGUUCUUACUAAUGCCUGCUUAUUGGAACCUAAAUGUCUGUGAAAGCUUCUUGUCUGACAUGGGCAUUAGAACGAGCUAAUUAUACCAAGGAGGCAAUUUCGGGGUUCUAUCGAUUUAUCUGGAAUCUUUUUUACGCUGAAUAUGCCUUGUUUCCGUUCAUCUAGCGAACGCCGUUCAUUUGUAGAUGAGGUGGAGAAGCUUGCAUGCACUGGUAGAUAAUUUUUGAUGUUGUAUCAUGUAAACUAUUUUUCCCCCCUUUUUCUUGGUAGAUAUAAUGUAUGGCAAACAUCUUGUUAUAAGACGUAGUACCAUGGGAAUUCUACCCUGAGCUUGGAUUUUACGCUGAUGCAUGCCCAAA